CCUCUGACAGUCUGUCAGUGAUCAAGACGGGAAUGGCAACGGCGGCGGGCGGUCACUCGAACAAUGCCCGCAAAUACAGGACGACGACGCGUCGCACAACCGCUUUGUCGUGGACAUUAAACAUGUCGUACGUCUAUAUGAGAAUGUCAAAUUCAACCCAUCAUAUAACAAAGGCACUAUAUACAUAAAAGGAACGUCGCAGUAUCGUUUAGAACAAUAAUAAUAUGGAAUAUCUCAAAAUUUGAAGUCAAAAACUACGAAAAACUGUUUUUUUGAAAAAAUCACAUUAUGUACAAUACUUGGAGAAAAGAACACGCCGCGCGGUUCUAUCGUAGAACGGUCAGUGGCGUUCCGCCGCAAGUGUCAGACAGCGGCGUAGCAUGAUUCGCAGCAGUAGCAGUGCCUACACGAUAAUAUUAUUAUACCUAUAAUAGGACCCGUUGCAGCCAACCCGAACAAUACCGUCGCCGUCGUCCGAAUACCGCGGUUAUCGUAACGUAUAUAAUAAUAAUAAAUUAUAAUAUAAUAUAUACCAAGUAUAUUAUUAUACAUAUUAUAUAUAUAAUAUUAUGACGUUACCGUCACGAUACUCGACUAUGGAAACUUCGUCGUCGUCUGCGAAGCGGUCCGCGGCCGUCGUGACUUCCGCGUUACACUGCUGGUCGUACACAGAAACGGAGCGCCAGCAUCUAUUCAGGGUGUCCCGGUUGUUCAUCACCUCUUAUUACAUAUACGUCACGUACUACGGGCUGUUUGUAUUGGACCUAAACAGCGUUGAUCAUCCCACGUGGGGUGAUCUAGGUUCCAACUGGUGGUGGAAAUGCGUCUCCGUGUGGAAUCUGAUAUUGCAAGUUGCUUACUUUAUUUAUUGCACAGUAUUCAUAGAUUAUGCUGAUUCUGGUCCUGGAAAGUCAUGGAUAAAACCACGGCUGCAACAAAAUAAGAAAAUAAGAGAUUUCAUAUUUGUCAGCCUUGUAUUUCCAGUAACAAUUGAUGUAUGCGUUAUGUUCUGGGCGAUCUGUGCGGUGAACAAGCCGCUGUUGUUUCCAAACGAAAUGAACAAUUGGAUACCGGACUGGUACAACCACGCAGUGCACACCAAUCCGAUUGUGUUAACGUUGUUCGAUAUGGCCACCACCAAGCACCGUCUGCCCAAACUGAUCGAAUCUACGGCCGGGUUGUUUAUGCUGUCCGGUUCAUACGUCACAUGUUUACUUUAUAACAAAUUUACAACUGGAAGAUGGAUAUAUCUUAUCAUCGGAGAGGUUACAGCAAGUUUGACGGAAGUGAUCAUUUACUUUGCAGUAACGGCUUUUAUUAUGCCAUUUAUGUGUUUGCUAAUUGGUCACAAAAUGUGUUCAUGGUUUUCAAGUUUACAAAUGGAAAAAAAACAUAAAAUGUCUUAAAAACAAAACAAUCAUAAAGUAUUUUUGUAAUAAAUAAUAAUAAAAUCUGUACAUGAUAUUACUUUUGCAACAACAUUAUUACUAAAUUAAAUAUUCUUGAUAUUAUUUAUGAAAAUUAAAUAACUAUUAACAGAAUAUACGUACCUAUAUACUACUAUACUAUAAAUGUUAUAAUUUAAAACAUUUAAUUUUUAUUUAGUACUAUUUUUAAACUUUUUUCAAGUUAGAGUUGUUAUAAUUUAUUAAUUUAACAAACAGAACACGUCACACAGCUAAUUUUGGUGAUGAAAUUAUUUUUUAUAUUCUACAAAUAGUAAAUCAAAUGGUGAGUUGAUGCAAAGUGAUAUUAUUUAAUGUUUUAUUUUUAUUAUAAUAGUUACCUAAACUGAAUAGUGAAUAUUAUGUAUUAUUAAUUAUUUUCAAACUAAAAUUGCUCAAUGUACCUAUCUAUUUGGAGUUUUGUUUAUUUAAUAAAAAAAAAAAAAAACAUUUUAAUUAAUUCUUAUGUAAAAAACUUACAUGAUUAUUACGCACCAUAAUAAAUGUAUUGUUAAAAACACAUAUAUAUUUUUUUUAAUUUUGAAUAAAAUAAAAUUUCUAUGUAGGUACUUAAACCGUUUGUAUCUGUAUAGACUAUAAUGCUAGAUGUUAGAAUUAUGUGUAAAUUAUUAUGUACAAUUUUUAUUAUUCUAAAUUACAUUAAUUAACUAUUUUGAUAUUAUACAGUUAUUACUGCUGUUAUAUUAACUUUAAUUUUUGUAAAUUAUGUUGUUAUUUUCUAGAAUAUAAGUUUAGGUUAUAGUGGUUUUACAUCGAAAUCUCACAUGUAUGAUAACAAAUAUUUUUAUAUGUCAAUGUUUAUUAAAAUUAUAAUUAUUUGUAAAAUACAUUUUAUAGUAAAUUAGAUGUAU